AGCGAAUCGUAAGAUGCUCAUACGGCUCAACUAAAGUGUGUUAGCCAGGCCGCACCGUAACCCGUUAUUCCCUCAAACAUAACGGAAUGCCAUCAGCAAAGCCACGUGAUUCAAGAACGAGUUUACCAGCCUCAAAACAGAAGGGAUAUCACCGUUUAGGGUUGGUUCUCUCAGUUGCCCUCCUCAUCCCUCACAUCAUCAGCAACCUCUCUAAAAAGAAACACAAACUUUUGCCUCUCUUUUUCCGCCACUGUUACAGGAUUGAUUCGUCGUUGUUUUACCCUAUUCUCUAUAACUAACAUUUCUGGUUUUCCAUCUAUCCAUCCUUCACAAGCUGCUGUUCUGAUUUUGUUUUAUCCUCUAAACUCAUAAUAAUAAUAUUAUUAGUAGGCGCCCCUUGUUUGAUAGGGGUGGUCCGUUUGGAAAUCAAAUCAUGCAUAAAGAAAAACAUUCAGAAUCAAAUCAAAUGUGAGAAAAUCGUGAUGUUAAAAUGGUGGCGAUGAUUUCAAAGAGGAGAUGAUUAGUAAUAGUUUUCUGAAGAACAAGGAUGUCUGAUUUGGUUGCCCGUACUGGUCGACAUCAGCAGCGUUACCUAGAUGGUUGUCGCCUUGUCGCCGGGUGUAUUCCUUUUAAGUACAGAGAAGAUGACAGUGGAGAAUCCAAUUGUAAAAAAAUUGUUGAGGUUCUUAUGAUCAACUCAUCAAGUGGGCCAGGACUUUUGUUUCCAAAGGGAGGAUGGGAGAACGAUGAAACUGUUGAGGAGGCAGCAGCACGGGAAGCUUUAGAAGAAGCUGGUGUUCGUGGGGUUAUAAUGAAAAAUCUUGGGCAUUACAAAUUCAAGAGCAAAACUCAUCAAGAUGAAUGCAGUCCCGAAGGGUUGUGUAAAGCUGCUAUGUUUGCUUUGUUAGUUAAAGAGCAGCUCAAUUCGUGGCCAGAGCAGAGCACCCGAGUGCGGACAUGGCUAACAGUUCCUGAGGCAGCCAAAAAUUGUCGCCAUCCUUGGAUGCGGGAAGUACUUGAGGAAGCUUUCACCAAGUGGCAUGCUGGCAAUGUGUUGAACUCUAGUGAGGACACUCUCUCCUCCCCAGACCAGCCCUAAUUUGUUCUUUUGGUCGUUAGUUUCCGAAACAACCAUACAAAAAACGCAAGCGUGUAUUCAAGUGUCAUCUAAAUGUUGGUACGGUUUCAAAUUUUGGUUGAGAAAGUCAAAGCAAUUUCAGUGAUGCUUUUUAAUGUUUUGGUAUUUUCUUCGUUUCCAUCUCUGAGAUUCUGAUUUUCCUUUCCCUGAUCACCUUCCCCAAGUUUUUUCCUGACUUCUUUAUCAUAUGAUCAUCUCUGACUUUUCUGUAUUUGUAAUCAAACUACAAGCAGGACAGAAAGGCUCCACAUGUUUAGAUUUUGAACAUGUUCUUCAACAAUUUAGUCUGGUACAUUACGUUGUUCAUUAAAAAUUGAGAACAAUUAACUUUUUUUAUGA